AUGAUUAUGAAUCAAAUUCCCAACUCACGUACUCCGAUUUCCACUCAUUCAGGUAAGACUUUGGGAGAAUUAAUAUUCGACAUGCUACAGCUGUAUGUCAAAUUUAAGGCUACCAAAGUAAUGAUGAACGAAAUUUUCAGAAUCUUAAAUGAUCUCUUUCCAGACACCUGUAAGUUGCCUUCCAAUGUCAAUACUUUACUCAAAAGAUUAUUAAUGUAUCCAAGCAAUAUCAAAAGGUAUACCAUUGCUGUGAUCAAGUAUGUGAAUCUCCCAAUCAUUGCUGUUCAAAAUGUGGAUUGUUCUACCAGUUUUUUCUGGAGCAAAUCUAUUGAAACUUGUAUUUCAGAGAUGGUGGAUUUGAUUGGAUUGAGAAAUUUUAAAGCUCAUGUUAUGAUUUAUUAUGCAUGA